AUGGCGGCUCUGGCCAGUAGCCUGAUCCGGCAGAAGCGGGAGGUCCGCGAGCCCGGGGGCAGCCGGCCCGUGUCGGCGCAGCGGCGCGUGUGUCCCCGCGGCACCAAGUCCCUUUGCCAGAAGCAGCUCCUCAUCCUGCUGUCCAAGGUGCGACUGUGCGGGGGGCGGCCCGCGCGGCCGGACCGCGGCCCUGAGCCUCAGCUCAAAGGCAUCGUCACCAAACUGUUCUGCCGCCAGGGUUUCUACCUCCAGGCUAAUCCUGACGGGAGCAUCCAGGGCACCCCAGAGGACACCAGCUCUUUCACCCACUUCAACCUGAUCCCCGUGGGGCUCCGUGUGGUCACCAUCCAGAGUGCCAAGCUGGGUCACUACAUGGCCAUGAACGCGGAGGGGCUGCUCUACAGCUCGCCACAUUUCACAGCUGAGUGUCGCUUUAAGGAAUGCGUCUUCGAGAAUUACUAUGUCCUGUACGCUUCUGCUCUCUACCGGCAGCGCCGCUCCGGCCGGGCCUGGUACCUGGGCCUGGACAAGGAGGGCCGAGUCAUGAAGGGAAAUCGAGUCAAGAAGACCAAGGCAGCCGCCCACUUUGUGCCCAAGCUCCUGGAGGUGGCCAUGUACCGGGAACCUUCUGUCCACAGUGUCCCUGAGACCUCCCCUUCCAGCCCCCCUGCCCCCUGAAAUGUAGUCCGUGGACUGGAGGCUCCCUGCCUUUGCAUGGAGCCAGCCACUGCCACAGCCUGUGCCCCAGCCCUGCUCCCCGCCCUGCCCUCACCCCUGCCGCCACCCUCAUGCCCUGAGCAGCCAGGUCCCGGCAGGUGCUCUAUCCUGAGGGAGCCAAGGGGCUGGCUGUGACCCCCCGCCCCGACUUCCAGCUCCUGGGAGGAGUUCAGAGAGGAGGAUUCUGAAAAUGGUCCUGGCUGAUCACUUCUUUCCUUCCACACUCACAGCCCCCCAAAGCCUUUUCCCAAGAAGGUGCUGGGUGUUCCCAAACUGACAGAACCGGGACGUAAAUACUCUGCACCCUGGGCUCAGCCAGUUCCGGGAGCCCUAUGCCCUCUUCAUUGCCACUGAGCCAUAGAUUUAUAGGUCUACUGGAGGUCAGGAUUAGUUUCCUUUUUGCCCUACUACACCUUCUGCCUUGUUCUGGACAGGUUCUGGAACACCAGGCACCCUAGCCAGGGCCCUUUUUGCACUAAGGCUCUGUGCUGGAAUGCUGGCAUGCUGCCAGGCUCUGUUCUGGAUCCAUCAGGCUUCUGUCCUUGACCCAGAUGGACCCCUGGUUUCCAAGUAGAGAGAGACUAGAUUUGAGCCCUAUCCAGCUGCUGGCCUUGGCCUGAACUAGGACCAGUCUCAGAUCACCACAGUUUUAACUUUCUUAUCCCAAAGACACCCAAUUCUAGAGCAUGGUGUUCUAGACACACAUGGAGCCAUACUUCCUUCUGAAUCUCGGCUCUAGGACGUAGACCAUGACUCUCAGCCCUUCCCUCCAGGAUGGAGCCGGGGCCUAGGUAGCCAUAUCAUCGCUCGUAUAGAGUGAGUUCUAGACCCACCCUCCUACCUUCUCUAGUAAUACCUAUUAAAGGUGAGCUCUGGAAAGAACCCAGCUGUGAUUCACUAAGAACUUUGUUGAUGAAUCAAGAAACACUUCUUGUUUUUCCUAGAUUUUCUAAAAAUCCGAUUCUUCCUAUAGAAUGCUAACCUUAUUUUUACAUGCAGUUUCUAGCUCCUGUAACUCAGCUGGGGUCCUGCCAGGGAAACAGAGUCUGAGGAAGGGCAGAGGAGUCUGGGAAGGAAUCCUUGGCUCAUAGUAGGGAAGCUGGGAUGGCCGAGGGGCCAAACCCACGGCAUGUUUUGGCUGUGUCUGGGUUGGGGGGGACAUGAACACUUAGCUACCUCAGCAGGAAUUCCUUCCAGGUCCCCUUUAAAGCUGAGGUCUCUAAGGUAAUGGAUCUAGAAUAAAAAGAACAAACAGGACACAGCCUUGAUCCCCAGGGCAGAGACCCCAAUUCAGCAAUAAGUUCCACCCCUCUCCCCUAUAAGUCAGGCCAAGGAGGGUGAGGGCCUCUUGGGCUCUAGACCUCAUAUAACCCCAGAGCUUCUAACUUAAUAGAACUUGCUUUACCUUACAGCUUAUAAGUUCAGCUAAGCUUUAGGUACCCCAAAAGGGCCUGACUAGCUUUUUCUGAGAAGCGUGUAGAGCUAGGGGCAGCCCUGAGAAAGAUCAGGAACCCACCAGUGAACUAGGAGUAGCCUCAGACCUGCGCAGGGAAGACCGAGGAGACCCUAAAGGGAGGGGCUUGGGCUCAGAGGCAGGUCACUCUUCCUCAGGCUCUUUCUCUAUUUCUGGCUUGUUGCAAGAGGGGUACAUACUCCCCUCGCCCACACAGACCCCGCUCAGGCUCCACCCAUCCCCUGGCUCUGCUCCCAGGGGACGGGGUCUCCACUCCAAGCUUUCUCAAUUAAAGACGAUUUAU